GCUCUGUGCUUUAUAGCGGCUGCCUAUAAGGAGGGCUGAAAGCUUAGGACACGUACUUUCUGUCCUAAAGUAGAGCAGAAAGUCGGAAAGAUUUUGGAGGAGAAGGCAGGGACAGACAGAAGGGGGGCGUGUGUUCCUCUGGAGUUUCCUUUUUCUUGCUAGUCCUUGCGCGCGCAGUCAUCCCUGCGGUCUGGGGAUUGCGGACAGAGGUGGCGAGGCUCCAUCCCAGCCGGUGGCCAGAGGCUGGGGGCAGGGGAGACCUCAGCACAGAAGCGGUGCCCAGGAAGUUUUCCGACGCAGAGGCAGCAGCGCAGCCUGAUUGCUGCCGCCACGCGGGAGCCCAGGACCCACGCCACCCAACCUCUCCGGCUCUACUUCCUCUCGCCCAGCUGCCCGGGCGCCCAGGUGCCACGCGCGGACCGGACAGCUGUCUGCCCCGCCUGGCUCCACGGUGAAGAAAAAAAAAAAAAAGUGAGGGUGUAAAAGCAACAGAAUAAGAGACGUUUCCUCCAAUUUGCAUCAAGAUGGAAACCUUUUGCUUCAGGGUGUCCUUUUGGGUGGCGCUAGUUGGAUGUGUAAUUAGUGAUAAUCCUGAGAGCUACAGCACCAAUCUAAGCACUCGUAUAGACGAUUUUACCACUUUUCGUGGGACAGAGCUCGGCUUCCUGGUUACCACUCAUCGACCCACUAAUUUGGCCCUACCCAGCAAUGGCUCAAUGAACAACUAUUGUCCACAGCCGACAAAGAUUACUUCAGCUUUCAAAUACAUUAACACUGUGAUAUCUUGUACUAUUUUUAUCGUGGGAAUGGUGGGGAACGCAACUCUCCUCAGAAUCAUUUACCAGAACAAGUGUAUGAGGAAUGGACCCAACGCACUGAUAGCCAGCCUUGCCCUCGGAGACCUUAUCUAUGUGAUCAUUGAUCUCCCUAUCAAUGUAUUUAAGCUGUUGGCUGGGCGCUGGCCUUUUGAUCACAAUGACUUUGGCAUAUUUCUAUGUAAGCUGUUCCCCUUUUUGCAGAAGUCUUCAGUGGGGAUCACCGUCCUCAAUCUCUGUGCUCUCAGUGUUGACAGGUACAGAGCUGUUGCUUCCUGGAGUCGUGUUCAGGGAAUUGGGAUUCCCUUAGUCACUGCCAUUGAGAUUGUCUCCAUCUGGAUCCUUUCUUUUAUCCUGGCCAUCCCUGAAGCAAUUGGCUUUGUCAUGGUGCCCUUUGAAUACAAGGGUCAACAGCAUAAAACCUGUAUGCUCAAUGCCACAUCACGGUUCAUGGAGUUCUACCAAGAUGUGAAGGACUGGUGGCUGUUUGGCUUCUACUUCUGCAUGCCCUUGGUGUGCACCGCAAUCUUCUAUACCCUCAUGACUUGUGAGAUGUUAAACAGAAGGAAUGGAAGCUUGAGAAUUGCCCUCAGUGAACAUCUUAAACAGCGUCGAGAAGUGGCAAAAACAGUUUUCUGCUUGGUUGUAAUUUUUGCUCUUUGCUGGUUUCCUCUUCAUUUAAGCCGUAUUUUGAAGAAAACCGUGUAUAAUGAGAUGGACAAGAACCGAUGUGAAUUACUUAGUUUCUUGCUGCUCAUGGAUUACAUUGGCAUUAACUUGGCAACUAUGAAUUCAUGUAUAAACCCAAUAGCUCUAUAUUUUGUGAGCAAGAAAUUUAAAAAUUGUUUUCAGUCUUGCCUGUGCUGCUGCUGUUACCAGUCCAAAAGUCUGAUGACCUCAGUCCCCAUGAAUGGAACCAGCAUCCAGUGGAAGAACCACGAACAGAACAACCACAACACAGAGAGGAGCAGCCACAAGGAUAGUAUAAACUAGACAUAUUAAGAAACAUUAAUCAGUAUUCCUUCAAACCUUAUUGGAGGGGGGGGGAAAUCACACCGCCACUAUGUCUCCAGAAGUCUCUUCUCCCAUGACUCAGACCCACGCCCGGAAAAUGCUUUCCAAAACAUCAGAGAGUAGACUGGUUCAUGCCCACAAAUUCAAUGAAUCUUACUUCUUUAAUUUAUCUAAUUUACAUAUUCUGUAUGUUAUAUUCAACACUAAAAAAUGGUAAGAGUUGGCAGGGGAAAGGGAGACCGUUAAGUGAAACCAGAAAGAUAUUUACUACAUUUGCAUGAAAAUCGUUUUCACGAACAUGACUAGCUUUCAUGGCUGUUCUGUCAAAUGUUUUAUGAGAACUGGUCACCAUGAAAGUUUGGAGGUUAUAAAAUAGAGAUUUUUUUGUGUUUUUUUUUGUUUGUUUGUUUGUUUUGCAAACACAGUAUGGGCAUAAGUCACCUUAAUUUUGAAAUGUCAUUCAGUGCCAGUAUUUUUAACUAUAUAGUACCCUAAAAAUGAUAUCUGAGUUCAUUUAAAAAAAAAAAAAAAGUAAAACAAUUUA